UCUGGCGCGAAAUUCCGCAUCAGAAAGCUCACGCGUUGAUCGCGCUUGAGAAUGUAAACAUCCGAAAGUUUGACAUUUAGUUGUCGGGUUUUUGUUCAUUUAUCUGCACAAACGUCUAAAUGAUUUCUGUAAUUAUCCGAGUCUCUUAAGACGAAAAUAUACGUAUACUUUAUACUUGUUUGGAUUAAGGGCACUUCUGGCGUUGGAUUAUACAGGGGAUAUAUUUUGCGAUCACGAGUGUUUUGCGAUGGCAGAUGUGUUGUCAGAUACCAGUGAUGUUAGUGGAGGAGAGGAGAGUCAGGAAGAUGUGAUGACUCCAGCAGAGCUCAUCGCCAAACUGGAAGAGGCUUGGCUCAAUGAGAAGUUUUCUCCUGAACUGCUGGAGAAUAAGUCUGAGUUGGUUGAAUGUGUGAUGGAGCAGCUGACACAUAUGGAGGAAAAUCUUCAGAGAGUGAGAAAAGGUGACUUGAAGGCCAGCAUUCACCGUAUGGAGAUCGAUCGCAUACGCUUUGUUCUAAGCAGCUAUCUCCGCUCAAGACUGCAGAAGAUAGAAAAGUUUUUUCCUCAUGUUUUGGAGAAAGAGAAGUCACGUGCGGACGGGGACCCUUCGUUUUUGUCUCCUGAGGAGUUUGCUUUCGCUAAAGAGUAUCUGGCCAACACAGAGGUUUAUCUGCGUGCUGUAGCUUUAAAACACAUGCCACCAAACCUUCAGAGCAUUGACAUGCUGAAAGCAGUUCCUGAGCCGUGCCUGGACUCGUUUGUUUUCCUCAGAGUGAAAGAGAAACAGGAAAAUAUCCUUGUGGAGCCUGAAACAGAUGAGCAGAGGGAGUAUGUUGUGGAUUUGGAUGAAGGUUCUCAACAUCUGAUGCGUUAUCGUACUAUAGCACCUCUAGUGGCCAGCGGUGCAGUGCAACUUAUUUAGCACAGGAACAGAAUGGACAGAAGUAUGAACGACAUCUGUACUCGCCGUCUGUCUGGUUGUAUCAGUGUUGUUAAUAUAAAAAAGUAUGAUAUUAAAAGCUUGUAGUAUAGGUUACACCAGUGGUUCUUAACGUUAUUCCUGGAGGCCCACUGCCCUGCACAUUUUGUAUGUCUCCCUUAUUUAACACACCUGAUUCAAAUCAUCAGCUCAUUAGAAGAGAUCUCAAUGAACUGAACUGAGUCUGUCAGACAAAAGAGACAUACAAAAUGUGCAGGGCAGUGGGCCUCCAGGAAUAACGUAAAGAACCACUGGGUUACACCCUACCUAGGGUGUAUUUAAUCUGUACUUGCAAGCUUUGUCAUAUUUUGACUGCUCUGGUAUUGUUGUAUGACGCUUGAACCCUGCCUUUGAAACGGAAGCUGUGGUUUUCUCUGUAAAUGGGAAGUUGUUGGUUGGUUUGCAUGAUUGUGGUUUUUUAUGGUCAGUGGGCUUGUGCUGCUGAUCUGCAAUCAAAUUGUCUUGUAUAUAUUUCCACUUAUAAAUAAAUACAUUUUUGGGUGAAAGUAGUUUUUAAUAUUAAACAAAUUGUGUGCAUACGUUGUUCAAAUGUUCAUUG